ACACAGAAAGAUGCUCUUGGCCUUCUGGGAGACUAUGUGCACACAGGUGUUCAUGUACAUAUAGGUGUUUAUGUGCAGCUACCAAUGGCGACGGCUGAAGAAGGCAGUAACCCCCGGGGCAGAGCAACGGCCCGGCCGCAGGUACAGCUGCAGGAGCUCGAGCCCCGAGUGGCCCGCAGACGCCUGUCCCAGGCCCGCCACCGGGCCACCCUGGCUGGGCUCUUCUCCAAGCUCAGGGAGACCGUCUACUCCCAGUCUGAACUCACAGCCUCAAAGUGGCAGGUUUUAAAUAAGGCGAAGACUCAUAUUCAGGACCUGGAACACACUUUGGACAGUCUGCUGAAGCUGAAAGAAGCCUUCUUCCUGGAGGAUGGGAACGCAAACAGCCUAGAAGAGGUCAAGGAAGAAUAUGCCAGAAUGUACUAUCAAAAUCACAGCCUGUUUGCUCCCCCAGUUCAUCAGCCUGACUCUGCCACUGGUACCCCUUCGAGGUAGUCGGGAAGGAAGAGGAGGCGGAAGAGGGGGAAGACCAGGAAGAGGAAGAGGAAGGGGAA